AUGGAGUUCCGAGUAUUACAUAAUCAUUCGGCUCCCAAACCUACCAACAUCAAUGAUGGAAUUCAAAGAAGAUUUCAUAUAUCUUAUGAAAACGUUAGUCAUGCAAACAAGGUGGAUUCACAGGGAUGCCUUCUAUCAAAAGUAAAUAUAAAUGGUGCUUACUUGUACAUCUAUACCAAACAUUGCAGGGCUUUAUCUUCGAUGGUAAAUUUCUGGGAAUUCUGUAUGGAAAUUGCUAUUAAUGCUCAAAACAGCAUUUAUUCCAUCAGAGAAAUGAUAAGUAUUCCUACAAGGAGACUAUUUGGAAAUCAGCAAAUAACAUCAGAAUUCUUAUCUGAAAUAAAAGAUGAAUGGGCUGAUAGACCUCCAUGA